CCAGGAGCAGCUGAUCUCACCCGUGGCCCACCCGGCCAUCAGCAGCCCAGACCCAUGUGCAAAAGAGACUGUGCUGAAUGCCAUCAAGGAGACCAGGAAGAGGAGGGCUGUGGAGGAAGAGGAGGAGGAGGACCAGGCUUUUGGGAACGAUCAGGAGAGCAAGAGAAGGCCCGGCUCUCUGAAGAGGAGCCUUGUCUGGCACUGCCUGGAUGACUGCUCAAACAAGAGGUCACGCACCUCUUCCAUGAGCUCCCUCAACAAUAUGUAUGCGAGUGGGAUCCCCAGCUCCACCCGCAACGCCAUCGCCAGCUCCUACAGCUCCAGCCGCGGCCUCUCACAGCUGCUGAAGAGAAGUGGUGUGAGCAUGUCUCCACUGUCUAGCCCAGCGUCCUCCCGCUCCCAGACGCCGGAGUGGCCUCUCAAGAAAGCCAGGGAAGAGGAGUCGCAACACUCCAACGCUUCGACUCCAGUGAAAUUGGACAAGGAGCUGCAGACAGAGAAAGUGGUGGAGACGCCAGUGCGGAAGAAGCAGAAUUCCCUGAGCCCGCCGUCCACGUCGGGGAGCGGCGGGAAGCGCAAGCGGAAGAUCCCGUUGCUGCCGACUCAGCCGGGGGACCAGCUGGUGCUGCCCCCGCCGCCUCAGCUGGGCUACUCCAUCACGCCGGAGGACCUGGAUGCAGAGAAGAAGGCAGCGUUGCAGUGGUUGAACAAAGUCUUGGAGGAUAAGGCUGAUGCGGUCCCCAGCACCACUGCAGAGACUACACCAGUGUCCAGACCACUGGUGUUUGCUGUGGCCUCCCCGGGGCCUGCACCUGCCUCAACAGCUCCUGCCCCAGCCAGCAGCAUCUCGCUCCUGGACAGCCUGAAGAAGAUGCAGAGCAGCCAGGCUGCGCCAGCGGGUGCGGAAGGCCCUUCCACGACAUCCUCCACCACCACCAUGUUCAAGCCGAUCUUCGGCGGCGUCACCGCGAGUUCAUCUCCCGUGAAG